AUGGCGUCCCGGCGACUAGCUUACAGUCUGAACGGUGCUCUCCGGAGUCGUGCUGCGUUACAAGCUGUGAAAUCAACCCAACGAGGUUUUGCAACUCCAAUUUCUACACCAGCCACAACGCAAUCGACAACGCUUUCCAAUGGGUUGACAAUUGCUACCGAGUAUUCGCCAUGGGCGCAAACCUCGACCGUUGGUGUUUGGAUUGAUGCCGGCAGCAGGGCCGAAACAGACAAAACCAACGGCACAGCGCAUUUCCUGGAGCAUCUCGCCUUUAAGGGUACUAAUCGUAGAACGCAACAACAAUUGGAACUGGAAAUUGAGAAUAUGGGAGGUCACCUCAAUGCUUAUACUUCGCGUGAAAAUACUGUUUACUACGCCAAGUCAUUCAAUGCUGACGUUCCGAAAACCGUCGACAUCCUGUCUGAUAUUCUUCAAAACUCGAAGCUGGAGCCUGUGGCCAUUGAACGGGAGCGCGAUGUGAUCUUGAGGGAACAGGAAGAGGUAGAUAAACAACUAGAAGAAGUGGUAUUCGAUCAUCUUCAUGCGACUGCAUUCCAGAAUCAGCCCCUUGGCCGAACCAUUCUUGGCCCCAAGGAGAAUAUUCGGAGUAUCCAGCGCCAGGAUCUAGUUGAUUAUAUUAAAACAAACUAUACAGCGGAUCGUAUGGUUCUUGUUGGUGCCGGCGGCGUUCCCCAUGAUCAGCUUGUAAAGCUUGCCGAGCAGCACUUCGGGUCUGUUGCUAGCCAACCUCCAACGUCAGCUGCUUCCGCCCUUGCUGCUGAGCAGAAACGCGUUCCAGACUUCAUUGGCUCUGACGUUCGAAUCCGUGACGACACUGUUCCUACUGCUCACAUUGCCCUUGCGGUUGAGGGUGUUAGCUGGAAAGAUGACGACUAUUUCGCUGCGGUAGUCACGCAGGCCAUCGUCGGCAACUGGGAUAGGGCAAUGGGUAACUCCCCUUACCUUGGUAGCAAGUUGAGCAGUUUCAUUAGCCAUCACAACCUUGCCAAUAGCUUUAUGAGCUUUUCCACCAGCUACAGCGAUACUGGUCUUUGGGGCAUCUAUCUUGUGAGCGAAAACAAGACAGCUCUCGAUGAUCUCGUGCACUUCACCCUCCGUGAAUGGUCCCGCCUUUCUUUCAACGUUACCCCCGCUGAAGUCGAACGGGCCAAAGCUCAACUGAAGGCUUCCAUCCUUCUUUCUCUUGAUGGUACUACUGCUGUUGCUGAGGAUAUUGGCCGCCAGAUCGUCACUACUGGACGUCGUAUGUCUCCCCAAGACAUUGAACGUGCCAUCGACAAAAUCACAGAGAAAGAUGUCAUGGACUUCGCACAGCGAAAAUUGUGGGACCAGGACGUCGCCGUUAGUGCAUACGGUAGCGUUGAAGGCAUGCUCGACUACCAGAGAAUCCGCAAUGAUAUGAGCCGGAAUGCAGCUUAA